AUGGAAUCGAAUCAAAUACAAACUUAUCAAAUAACUCAAGAAGAACAACUUAAUGAUAAUGAAAAAGUAGUACUCCGAACUCUAGUUGGUGAUCCAAAUCGGCAUAAACCAUUAGUACACCAUCCACCACCGACUACAAAAAAGUCGCAAGAUGAAAUACCAGCAUCAAUGUAUACACUUGAAACUCGACAACGACCAAUUCCAUCGAAAGUAUUGCCAAAACCAACGGAAGCCACAUUGUAUUACAUUGAUUCUAAACAAUCUUCGAUGCAUAGUGUUUCAUUGUCGAAAGAAGAACGAGACACACCGCAACCUUCUGAACCAGAAGCAUUGAGAAUGGUAGAAGAAGAACAAGAAUCUCAACCAACUGUUUUUCUUGAACCUAAAAUUAUUUCACAACCUGUUCUUUACAGUGUUGUUGCAACGAAAACUCCUUCAGCCCAAAAUGAUCAAUCAAUUUCAACUAAUCAACAUAUCGAUGCACCUGUAUUCUAUACAAUAACUGGUAAAUCGAAUCUUCCAACUCUAGACAUGAGUGCAACUAAUUUAAAUGCUGAAACACUUGUUGUUGAUCAAUCAUCUAAUUUAUAUUCAUUGGUUGGCAAUCCACGUAUUCCAGUACAAUCUCAAGAACCAAUACCAAACACUUCACAACAGCUACCACCAAAUCUUUAUUCAAUUGUUGGUAGUCCAACGCUUUCAGCAAACAUGUUACAAGCACAUACAGUUGAUCCAACGCCUUCGACUCAACCAAUAAAAACUAAUUCUGUUCAACAAGCACCAAUUUUAUAUACAGUGGUUGAUGAAAAAAAAAUACCUACUAAUAUACCCAAGGAAAAUCGUCCACCACCACCACCAGCAGUACCUAUUAAAAAACAAUCAAAUGAUGCUACUUUGUAUACAGUAAUUGGAGAUCCUAGUAUGCCUCAAUCAAUGACACCUACUCACAAAACUCAACCAAUAAAACCACAAGCAUUAUCACAACAAAUUCAAAUACCUACAUUGUACGCAUUAAUUGGCAAACCAAAAUCACCAUCAAUAGAAAAAAUGAAUAGUCAAUCGAAACCAUCUGUAUCAAACAAAACAACACCAUCAACUGAAAUUCGUACUAAACGAACUAAUUACAGUCUUGAACGUCAAACAGCACAAGAUGCAGUAAUCGAGGAAAUUACUGCUAUUUCGGAUACAAAACAUAAACGUCACACGAAAUCACAAGAAUUAACAAUACCAAAAUCCGAAACCGUAUUCAUUCCUUUGCCCGAACGUGAACAUGUAUCACGUUCGAAACAACUUCGAACAACUCCUCGAAAUAUAAGUCCUGGACAAAUACAUCGCAAAUUGUGUACAAUUCCACGUUACGAUCCGCUUCAUGCAUCUGAUUACAUUUCACCAUAUGCUUAUCAUCCAUCAAAGCCAUAUCGUGAACGAAAAUAUAAUCCAAAAUUAUUACCUAUGAUAACAAAUAAUUCUUCUGAACGUAAAACAAGACCAUUACUUUAUGAACCUCGUCAUCGAGUCGAACGAAAACAUCCAUAUGAUCCAUGGACACCUCAUUCUUUAGAGAGAUAUUCUACUAAUACGAAGCAACCCUCUCGUGUGUGGGAUUUUGAAGAACGUGCUCAAACCGAUGGUGAUGAUGAUGUAAAUGAAUCAACAUCAAAUAGACGAAAAGAAACUUAUCGAAGAUUUCGACCACGUACACCAUGGAUACCUGUUUGGUGA